AUGAAUGGGGGCAGGGAAGCUCUUUGCUCAGGAGAGAACCUUCCUCCUGGUUCUUACGAGAUAAAGCAGCUUGGGAAAGAGGAGAUCCUCGCACCCCAUACCAACUUCUGCACAAUAUGUUGCAAGAUUUUCAAGCGAGACUCCAACCUGAGGAUGCACAUGAGAGGUCACGGCGAUGAGUACAAAACUCCUGCCGCUCUCCCUAAAUCACCGAACAAAGAAACCCUACCCGGGUCUGAGCCGAUGCUGAUCAAGAGAUACUCUUGCCCAUUCCCCGUUUGCCAACGUAACAAGGAUCACAAGAAGUUCCAGACUUUGAAGACCAUACUAUACGUGAAGAACCAUUAUAAACGCACACACUGCGACAAGAGCUUCACUUGCAGCCGCUGCCAUGCCAAGAAAUUCUCUGUCGUUGCCGAUCUCAAAAUCCACGAGAAGCACUGCGGGAAAAAGAACUGGCUCUGUUCCUGUGGUACCACAUUCUCACGGAAAGACAAGCUGUUUGGCCACAUUGAUCUCUUCCAGGGACACACUCCUGCCAUCCCACUUGACGAAGCAAAACCUUCAGCUGGUGCAUCUUCGCAGAGAGGUAUCUCUGAUGCCGGGAACAAUCUUGGUUCUGCAACAAAUGCUAAUCAAGAAACCUCACAGCCUGGUUUCAUGCAUGGGAAGAUAAGUUUCGAGGAGUCUUUCUCACUGCUGAGCUUUGAUACAUGCAAUUUUGGAGGGUUCCCACGAUCUAUAUUUGAUGAUUCAGAGACCUCAUUUCAAAUGCUUAUUUCGAGUACAUGUGGUUGCUUGCCCAUCAAUAGGGGUGAUGGCUCUUUUUCAGAUAGUGUCUAUAAGGCAUUUGCCGUAUAUGUUCUAGUUUUUUUUUUUUUUAAGCUUUAG